GGACUGGAAUGAGAUAAAAUAAAGAUUCGGGGUUGUGAUUUGGAGUUCUAAACGAAACGCCUAAACCCUUGCAAAACCCUCCACAAUAGUUCAGAGAAAUCCAUAUAGCAGCCAUGAACAAAGCAAAGAGAAUUCUGACUCACUGCCGACUCGCUAGCACGCUCCGCUCGCCUCAGCCCUCCGGAACUCAAUCCAUUAACAGACAGGUGACUCAUUUUGCUCAUUUCUCCGCUUUUCGUUCCGCAAAAAUCCUCUCUUUGAUCAAUCUCAAACCUCAUAGUCAAAGACUCUACUUUUCAUCAAAACCGGAAUCGUUUUUGGAGAUCUUUUCAUCCAAUGAUUGGCCCAAGAAUUUGGAUAAAGAGCUGAAAGCUUCAAAUUUGGAGCUAACCCAUGAAACUAUUGUGUAUGUAUUGAAGAAACUGAGUAAAGAUCCGGAAAAGGCUUCAAGAUUCUUGAAAUGGGCUGUGGAGGAAAAUGGGUUCCAACCAAGUUCUUCUAUUUAUAGCUUGAUGCUAAGAAUUUAUGCGAAUAAGGAUUUCAUGAAGGAGUUUUGGGUUACGAUCAAGGAAAUGAAAGAGAAGGGGUAUUAUGUUGAUGAGGAGACGUAUAGAACUAUUUUUGCAAUAUUUAGGGGUUUAAAGAUGGAAAAUGAGGCCACUGCUUUGAGGCAUUUCUAUGAGAGGUUGAUUAAAGAAAAUGCCAUGGAUGAUAGAGUGAAAGAAGUGGUUGAGGUGAUUAAAAGUGUUGAAUGGGGAGAACAGGUUGAGAGUCAAUUGGGGAAGAUGAAAAUUACGGUUUCGGAUAAUUUUGCAUUGAGGGUGCUGAAGGAGCUUAGAGGAAAAGGAUACCCCGUGAAAUCUUAUAGAUUUUUUAAGUGGGUUGAUGAGAGUCUUGGUUUCAAGCACAAUAGUGUUACUUAUAAUGGCAUUUUGAGAGUUCUUUGUUGGGAAGACUCGAUUUCUGAAUUCUGGAGUGUGCUGGAGGAGAUGAAAAGUGCAGGUUUCGAGUUGGACAUAGACACGUAUAUAAAGGUAUCGAGGCAGCUUCAGAAGAACAAAAUGUUGGGGGAUGCUGUGAAGCUAUAUGAGCAUAUGAUGGAUAGUUCAUUUAAGCCCUCAGUUAAAGAAUGCAAUUUGCUUUUGCGGGCCAUUGCAACUCACAGCGCUCCAGAUCUUGAUUUGGUUUAUAGGGUUGUGAACAAAUUUGAAGCUGCUGGAAAUUCCUUCUCAAAGAAUGUAUAUGAUGGGAUUCAUAGGUCUCUGACUAGUCUGGGAAAGUUUGAGGAAGCAGAGCAAAUUGUAGAAAAAAUGAGGAACGCCGGAUAUGAACCUGAUAACAUCACCUACAGCCAAUUAGUAUUUGGACUUUGUAAAGCAAGAAGGUUCGAUGAAGCAGCUAAGGUCCUAGAUGUGAUGGAAGAACAAGGUUGUACUCCUGAUAUUAUGACCUGGACCAUUUUGAUAAAAGGGCAUUGUGCAGCUCACGAGAUUGAGAAGGCGUUGCUUUGUUUUGCUAAGAUGAUGGAAAAGGGCUUCGAUGCUGAUGCUGACCUCUUGGAUGUUCUAAUAAAUGGGUUCCUGAGUCGGUCAAGAACAAUAGGUGCAUACACAUUGCUGCUUGAGUUGGUGCAGAAGGCUCGUUUGAGGCCUUGGCAAUCAACUUACAAGAAUUUGAUUCAAAAGCUUCUGGGAGAGAGGAAACUUGAAGAAGCUAUGGAACUUCUUCGUCUGAUGAAGAAACACAAUUACCCACCUUUUCCAGAACCUUUUGUCCAGUAUAUUUCCAAACUCGGGUCUGUGGAGGAUGCAUGGGAGUUCUUGAUGGCCUUGAGUGUGAAAGAGUAUCCAACAGUCUCAGCUUACCAGCAUGUACUUAAAUCCUUCUUUGAUGAAGGUAGACAUUCUGAGGCCAAAGAUCUGCUCUUUAAGUGUCCACAUCAUAUUCGUAAACACCCAGCAAUUUGCUCUCUUUUUGGUUCUGCUAUAUAGUGGCUUUAUGUGCUUAUGAUUACUCGAGAUAGAAGAUGUUUUGGCUGUAGCGUUACUGGGCAGGAGUGUACUUAGUUGACAUUCAUAACAAGUAUCUAUUGAAUUAUGAGUACAAUACAUCCUGGUUAGCAGAAA